AUGCAAUUUAUAAAUAAUGAUAGCCUAUUCAAUUUUAGUUCGGAAUCGAAUGAAGAAAUUGAUGUUGUUCCUUCAGAACAUCAUCUCAAUCUACAAACAACAGUAGUUAAAGAUAAAUUCUACUAGAAUCUUUAAAGUUCUAUUACAAUGCUCAAUCAGAUGUUGGGAUUAUCCUAAAAUAUCCUCAAUAAACAAAACACCAAAGAAGAUGUAUCUAAAAAGAUUCUGUAAUUAAUUACAAUUGCAUCAGAAGGAUUAAUGCAAAUCGAAUAAAUAUAUUCCUUGAUAGAAUUAAAAGAAUUCGGAAUUCAUUAGAGACAUUAAAAUUACAAUUAAGCCCAAUCCUACAACUCAAUAAAUUAAAAUACAACCAAUAUGGUUCUUGAUUAUUUAAACCAUUUCAUCUUGAAUAAAAUUUUAGAAAUUCUAAAUAAAUUUCCUAAUCAAGAUAAAUAGCAAAAUAGAAAAUUCUCUAUCUAUUGCUCUAAAUUAUAAUCCUGUAUAGAAAUAUUACCUGGUGCUACUAGUGUAAUGUAGGAUGACUUAUUUUCUCUUAAUUAGUAACAUUUAUUUUGGCAACAAUUAAAAAACCAUAUAGAAAUUAAAUAAUUAGCUGAUCAUGAAUAAGUAAGAUAAUCUUAUGACAAAGUGUGUGAGGGUAUUCUUCUGGCAAAUGCUAUGAUAUCCAAAGGAUCUGAAUAUGAGGGAUAAAUAAAACAAUAAUUUAUGUAAGGAUUGGGCUUUGUAUUUUAUGCUUUGAAUAAAUAAAAAAUGAAAAGUAGAGCAAAUCAUUUUCUAGCAGAUCCUAAAAAGGAAGAGGUUUUUAAGGCUUGGAAUCUUCCUGAACAAGGUCUUGUCAAAAUGCUCUUGCCAGCUGUGUUUCCUUUCAUUAAAUUUAACUAGAAGAUUUAUAUUCCAAGAUAUUUUAGAUGUAUUUCAUCUGAAUAUAUUCUAAACCAAUAUAAAAGAUCCACAAUCAAUAAAAUUAAUAAUGAUUGCGGCCUAUUUUACCCAGAAAAUAGGAUUACUUUAGAAGAUUUAUUGACUAAAAAGGAAAGUUCAGAUAGAGUACAAGUUAGAAUUCUGUGUCAUGAGAUCUUAAAGCCAAAGAAGCAAUCGUUGUUAUAGCAAUUUGUAGGAUAAAUAAUAAAGAAUGAUACUGUUUUUGAUAAAAUUAUUAUUCACAUACAUGGAGGCGGUUUUGUAGCUAUGUCUUCUAGAUCACAUUAAACAUACACAAGAAAAUGGGCCAAUGCUUUGAAAGUACCCAUCUUCUCAAUAGAUUACAGAAUGGCACCAAAUCAUCCUUAUCCUGCAGGACUGGAUGACUGUUGGUAAGCCUAUAUGUUUAUUUUAACAUUCAUUGAAUAAUAUUAUAACGUAGUUCCAAAUAAGGUUGUAUUAGUGGGGGAUAGUGCAGGAGGCAAUCUAGUUGCUGCAUUGACUAUUUAAGCCAUAAAAGCAGGCGUUAGAGUACCUGAUGGUGUAUUGUUGGCUUAUCCUGCGUUAUCUUUGGACAUAAAGCAAUUCACUCCGAGUUUUUUAGUAUCCUUGGAUGAUUCGUUGCUUCACCAUACGGUUUUGAAGUUAUGUUUAAAGUCAUAUAUUUAAAAGGAAUUCAAUCCGAAUUUGGAUCCAAUGUUAUCCCCGUCUAAAGCUAAUGACGAUAUUCUGAAGAGGUUUCCUAAGACGAGGAUAUAGGUUGGAACUUAUGAUCCUUUGCACGACGAGAGUUUUCGGUUGCUAUAGAGAUUGAUACAAUUGAAUAGAGAUGCUAGAUUAAUUGAAUAUUAGUCUAUGCCUCAUGGGUUUUUAUCAUUUGAUGUUAUUAAUGGCAUGAGUGAAGCCAAAUAAACAGUGUUGGAUGCGUAAGAUAUUUUAUCUGAUCUGCUGAAAUGA